ACACUGUUCCCAGGAACAAUCAAGUGACUUGUGAAAAAAUAAAACGGCUCAACUGAAAAUUUUCUCCCAAAGUCAUUCCUCAAAAUUUAGCAGAAAUAAUGGGAUCGAAAAUAAAUCUACGUAUUUUUAUUGGACUUAUGGUCUUCCUCAUCAGCUUUUACCUGUACAUGGUGCGUGUCAAUCUCUCCAUAGCCAUUCUGGCCAUGGUGCCGGCCAGAAAUGAUUCCACUACAUCUGACUCGAUAGAGGCCAACAUUGAUUAUGGAGAAAAAAUAGAUUGGACUUUGAAACAGCAAGGAUUGAUCCUCGGAGCCUAUUUCUGGGGCUACUUCUGCACAUCCAUGCCAGGAGGAUUUCUUAGUCAGUACUUUGGACCAAAAAAAGUUGUUCUGGCAACGAUGAUCAUCUCAAUAACCAUGACUGUUCUCACUCCCUAUGCUGCCAAGUGGAACUUCUUCAUUUGCUAUGCUGCCCGAUUUUUUAUAGGAUUCGUGGGAGCUCCUGUCUUGCCAUGUCUUCACCAUUUGAUUGCCAAUUGGAUUCCACCGACGGAAAAAGGAAGGUAUCUGACUCUGAUUGAGGGUACAACUCUGGCUGUUGUGAUAACUUGGCAAGUUGUGGGGGUUCUUAUGAAGUACAUUGGCUACACUUGGGGAGGAUUUCACGUGCCAGCAAUCUUUGCCAUAAUCAUAGCUCUCAUGUGGCAAUACAUUGUCUAUGAUUCUCCUGAUCAGCAUCCAAGAAUCAGGCCAGAUGAGAAGGCAUUUAUUGCAGAGGCACUGAAGGGAAAGGUUACCGGUGCUGGUGGGGUUCCUCCCUUCAAAGCAAUUAUGACAUCCCUGCCAUUCCUUGCCCUGAUCGGUCUCCACUACGGAAGCCAGUGGACGUUCUUCUUCUACGUCACAUCCAUCCCAAAAUUCAUGAGUGAAGUACUGGGUUUCAGUUUAUCCACAACUGGACUUCUCUCAGCCAUUCCCACGCUAAUGAAGGUGGUCUGGGGCAUCGUCUUUGCAGCCAUUGGAGAUGUUUUACGCAAGAAACAGACCAUUCCAUUGGGGAGAAUAAGGAAAUACUUUACAAUAGUAUCUCAUAUUGUACCAGGAACUCUUUUGCUAGUUGUGGGUUUAAUUAGCAAUCCUGCCCUUUCUGUCACAGUGUGGUCAAUCCUUUGUGGAUUUGCAGGAGCUUCAACUAUGACAAAUCUUCAGAAUAAUCACGAUUUAGCACCAAAUUAUGCUGGAACUCUCUAUGGAAUAAUGAAUUCUGUAACAAUUACAGCAGGAUUCAUUUCUCCUCUUGUUGUAACGUACUUUACUGAAGAAGAGAAUACUCUGGGAAAUUGGAUGAAAGUGUUCACAGUUGCUUCUGUUUUAUACUAUAUCACUGCAAUAAUUUAUUUUAUCUUUGGAUCUGGAGAAAUUCAACCGUGGAACGAUAUUAAGAAAAAAGACGAAACAUCCAAGGCUGAAGAAAUAGAGAAAAUCUCACCUCAAAAUUAGGAAACUAUUUCAAGGUUUCUGACUCACAGAAUUUGCCUCAGAACAUCUUUCAAUAUUACCUAUAUUGCUUAAAUUGAAAUCAAGUGUAGAAAA